AUGAACUUGUUUGUUCUAGCACUUUUGAUGAUCUCAAUCACCAAUUUUCCAUCAUGUCUCUGUGAGAAUGAUGAUAUCCAACACACGAACUGCAACGACGCUUUUAUCUGCGAAAGUAGCAACAUCACAAAUCUCAAGUAUCCGUUCAGGGGAGGAAAUAGAGGAAAGUAUUGCGGUGUGAAUGAUGAUCCUAAUAUGGAACUCACAUGUGAGGACAGUGUCCCCAAGUUAACAACGGAUGAUUCUUUCUUGAAAUACAGUAUUCUUGAAUGGGACAAUUCAACACAGAAGCUCAGAGUUACUAGGGAAGAUUACUCGAGAGAUGAUGUUUGUGUUCCUGUCGACAACAUCACAUUCAAUAGCACUUUGUUUAAACUUUAUGAUGAUGUCGCUAACGUGACUUUGUUUUACUAUUGCCUUCUUACAACUGAAACUCUACCGAAUACGUUUCACAGUGUUGAAUGUAGUGAUAAUUCAUCAGUUUUAUACACCCUUGUUGAUCCUUCUACAGCUACUUACUCGGACCUCUGUGAUCCGAUGGUUAUUACUAUCAUGAUUCCGAUUUUGGAAACCCGAGCUGCACAACUUGGAUCUGGCAAUGGGACAAUCAGUGAUGUAAUAAAAGAUGGUUUUGAUUUGAAAUGGACAGGAGAUUAUGGAGAGUGUCAAAGGUGUGUUGUUUCUGGUGGUGCAUGUGGGAAUGAUGGAGGAAGUGAAUUCCAAUGUUUCUGUAAGGAUGGACCUCAUACAACAUCAUGCAUAUCAGAAAUUUCUCCAGCCUCAGAAAAUUCUCCAGCCUCGGAAAAUUAUCCAGCCUCAGAAAAUUCUCCAGCCUCAACAACAGUAUUCUUCAUUAUUCUUAUUAUUAUGGUUAUUUGUCACCUUAAAAGGAGUACAUCUGGACAACAAAGUAUUUUCAGAAAGAAACGAAAACUUGUUGACCACAAUGUCGAGGUUUUCAUGCAAAGUUAUGAAUCAUCUAUGCCAAGAAGAUAUAGUUAUAGAGAAAUAAAAAGGAUCACAAAAUCUUUCCGAGAUAAAUUAGGCCAAGGAGGAUAUGGUGUUGUAUACAAAGCAAGUUUACCUGAUGGUCGUCAAGUGGCUGUUAAAGUAAUAAACGAGUUAAAGGGGGAUGGAGAAGAAUUCAUAAAUGAAGUUGCUAGCAUUAGUAGAACAUCACACGUGAACAUUGUGUCACUUUUAGGCUAUUGUUAUGAGGUGAACAAAAGAGCACUAAUAUAUGAAUUCAUGCGCCAAGGAUCAUUGGAUCAGUUCAUCUAUAAAAGUGGAUUUUCUGAAGCUGUUUGUGAUUUUAAUUGGAACACUUUGUUCCAAAUUGCAAUUGGCAUUGCUAAAGGACUAGAGUACUUGCAUCAAGGAUGUAGUUCAAGGAUUUUGCAUCUUGAUAUCAAACCUCAAAACAUUAUUUUGGAUGAAGACUUUUGCCCAAAAAUAUCUGAUUUCGGACUAGCAAAAAUAUGCCAAAGGAAGGAUAGUGUUGUGUCAAUACUUGGCACAAGAGGAACUAUAGGAUAUAUGGCGCCAGAAGUAUAUAGUAGAGCAUUUGGUGGUGUUUCUUACAAAUCUGAUAUAUACAGUUAUGGCAUGUUGAUUCUUGAAAUGAUUGGAGGAAGAAAGAACUAUGACACUGGAGGGUCAUGUACUUCAGAAAUGUACUUUCCAGACUGGAUUUAUAAGGAUCUUGAGCAAGGAAAUACUCUUUCAAAUUGUUUGACAAUCUCAGAGGAAGAAAAUGAUAUGGUUAUAAAGAUUACUUUGGUGAGUCUAUGGUGCAUUCAAACGAAACCAUCGGAUAGACCACAGAUGAAUAAAGUAAUAGAAAUGUUGGAAGGGCCACUUUCAUCAGUGCCAUAUCCUCCAAAGCCCGUCUUAUGUUAUCCUGAAACGCCACCACUAGAAAUGUCAGACAUGUCUUCAUCCAAUUUGGAUGAGACGAAUUCCAUUACAAUGUCAAAAUAA